AAUAAUCAGCUUAUUACUGAAGUCUAUUGUGAUGCAAUAUACAAGACUGCAAAAGGAAGAUUUGAAUUAUAUAGACUUAUUAGCAAUUUUGAAGACUCAGGAUAUCCAUUGGCAUAUCUUAUUUUAGAUACUACAG